AACCCUAUCCCGCUUUCGGCUUUAGAAGAGAAGGGAAUUAACCGACCGCCGCUUUCAGGCGGCUGAAUUCAGUCCCAGCUGCUCAGUUGCCCGGCGGCGGCGGCGGCAGCAGCAGCAGCGGCCGAAGGAGGGGGAGAAAAGGCACGGGAGGGCAACGACCCGCCAUCGCGGCUCCCUGGUCAGUUCUGGACGGUGCUCUCGAGUCUCGCGCCGCAGAGCCGCCGGAGGCAUGGAUGUAGCGGUGGACUUGUACGUUGCAGUCCCGCUGCUUUUCACAGUCCUAGCUGUUAUUCUAGCGUCGGUCUUUGUCAAGCUGAGAUCCUCCGAAGAGGACAAAGCUACGGAGACGGCAGCAGCAAAGGAAGAAGGGCAGGCCAAGGCGAGCGCUGCUGCUGCGGUAGACCGGACGGACGGAGAAGCACUCCAGAAGGACGAGGGGGAAUUCGAGGCGGCCGGACAGGAGCCUCGGAAAGAGAAAGGAGAGGAGAAGGAGGCGGUAGUAAGCAGAGAACCGAGAAGGGGCGCCGCGGAGGAGAUGGGGGCUGAAGAGGGGGCGAACGAAGAAGAGAAAGAACAGCUUCGGGAGAAGGGAAAAGGGGAGGAGGUCGAGGACGAGGCUGCCCCGGGGGCAGUCAAAGCAGAACAGCGGAGUCACAUUCAGGAGGAGCGAAAGGUGCCCAGCCAGGCGGAGAGGGACGCGGCCGCCGCUGCUCCGGAGGUUGUAGAAGAGCAGGAGGAGGACGAGGAAGAGGAGGAAGAGGACGAGGAGGAGGAGAGCAAGGAAGAAGAUCAAGAAUCAGAAAAUGAGAAACUAGUGGUGAAGGAACCUGAGACUGAAGAUGCAGAUGAAAAGUUCUCCUUUAAAUAUAGUCCUGGAAAACUGAGGGGAAACCAGUAUAAAACAAUGAUGACCAAAGAAGAACUUGAAGAAGAACAAAGGGUUCAGAGAGAGCAGCUGGCUGCCAUCUUCACCCUUCUAAAGGAAAAAUCAGACACAUUUGGAGAGAUGUCUGAAACUGAUAUCAAAGAACAACUUAAGCUUUAUGACAUGUAGACUGUGUUGGAAAUCUGCAACCUACGCCAAAGGAAAUAUGGAUAUGUGGGAAUUCUGUGAUCUUGGCCUCAAAGAAAAGAGCCAAAAGUCACCCACAUGGAUUGCAGUUGGGCAUCUCAACUUCACGGGCGGAUGUGUAUUGGCAUGGGAUAGAGACCAUGAUGUGGAAGCAGCUCAUUCCUCUUGUGCAUGAAAUUUAUCACCUCCGAUCUCCUCCAUCAGUAGUAAUAAUUCAUCUUGGUGAAGAUGAUCUGUUACCCCAAAAUAAUAUUUCACUCAUUAUCUCAAUGAAAAAUGAUUUGGGCAUUCUUAAAAGGGCAUUCCCAGAUACUGUUAUAGUUUGGUCUUCACUGUUACCAAGACGUAUUUGGAAGAAAGAUCAAAAACCUGAACAUAUGGAAAAAGCUCAAAAACAUGUUAACAAGAUAAUGGUAGAUUAUUGUAAUGAAAUUGGUGUGCACUUUCUGUCACAUAAUUUGAUUACCUCUGAUAAAUCAGACAUCUUCUUGCCAGAUGUCAAUGAUCUAUCUGAUAAGGGAGCUGAUAUCUUCAUAGCAGAUCUGAAGAAAGUCCUAAGAUUGUAUCAGAUUUUGGAGUAGCUGGGAAAGAGUUUUUUAAAAACUAUAAUUUUCGGGAAGGUUGGGUGCGAAAAAAGGAGACAUGAGCUGACUACAUUUAGAAAAUAUAGCUUAAAACUUUAUAUAUAUGUCACAGAUUAACAAAUGAGUUCCUGUAAAUAAUAGAUUAACAGAUGCGUUCCUAUAAAUAAGUUUUGGGAUGAUAGUCCUCUGUUAAAUGGAAAAAAAAAGGGUCUGUCUUUAUCACGAAGACUUCAAAUGUGUGCUCUCAUGUUAAUGCAACUGGUAUUUUACUCCCUUGGAGGGAUGCUGUAAAAUAACAUCAUAACAACGUAAGAUGCUGUAAUGAAAAACAUCACAAACCUGUGAAAUGGACCUUAUAUCUGCUUGUGCCUUGUUUUUUAUCCCAGUCUUUAAAGAAGCACAGUUUCUAUGAUAUUUAUAUCAGGAGAUACGUAGAAACAUAGUGAAUAGGGUUUUUUUUUCCUUAAAUAAUAAUAUCUGAAAUAAAUGGCUGAGGUUGGACAUCAUGAAAGGGUAUAAACAGCUGUGUUCCAAGAUACUGUAUAUUUAACAUGCCUGUUGAACCUCAGUGGACAGAUAGCUUAAUCCAAGAGGCUAGUGCCACUGAAGACUACUACCUAUUUCAGAGCAAGACAUUUAGGAAUUUGUAAGGUUCUGUCCAAAAGCAGCAGCAUUGUGUCAGAGAGGUGACUUGGACCAAUAGCCAUGACACCCAAACAACAAUGUAGAAAUUUAUUAUGGCAUUUGGCAGCAUAUUGCCUUGUACCAGUUUUGCUUUUUUACUUCAGCUGAUUUUUGGAAACGUACAAGUUUAAGAACUUUAAGGGCAUGGAUUAUGUUUUCUAGAUGCUUAAUAUAAGGAAUUUUCUUAAGUUCCUAAACUGUAUUUCUGGAUAAUAGGGGUAAAAAAGCCUAGCUUGUGAUAGGACUGGUUCUGUAUAACACCCAUAACCAGUAAAAAAAAAAAAGUGGCUUAGUUGGUCUAUCAGAGAAAAUACAAAUAGCUACAGCAACUGCAGCUGCAAAUGCUACUAAUAGUGACUUAGCUUUCAAAUUUCAUAUAAUUCUUCCUUAAGUUGGGGGAAAAAAAGCAGAAAAGAGAAAAAAGAAAUGUUGCUGGUAAGGGUAUAAUGUAAAGAGCAAUAGAUAGGCAGUUUACAAUGGACUUCAUUGUCUCUUUUUUUCUCCAUCUCCCAAAUUUCAUCUGAUAGAAUUCAAAGCUCGCUCUCAAUACACAGCUGUUGUUUCCAUAAUUAGUAAAAAAUGUUGUCACAUGUCAACAUCAUCCUUUUGUUUGUAGUUUUUGUAAGAAUAAUAAUCAGGUUAUUUAUGUCCUCUUUUCUCCAUUAUUUCAUUAUAAAUUUACAAAUGACCAUUUCACUGGGAGGAUUUGGGAACAUACUGUAAAUUACAUAAUAACCAAAGAAUGUAUGCAUCAAUUUGUUAGCAUUUACUUUAGACUGAGGAUGAUCCCCUGCAGAUGUCAAACACUGAAAAAAAAAAGCCUUCCAGAAUGGUUAAGAAACUUUCAUGUGCCAUUUAUCAGUAUGUAUGUAGGACAAUUGGUGUUAGCAGUCAGAGGUCUCUCUGUUCUAAAUAAUUCUUUGGCAGUCAUGGAGUUAUCCAAAGUAAAUGAAACAGAUUUACGUUUGGUAACCUGGAAAUUUAUUAUAUAGAUAUAUGAGAAAUGUAGAUGUAAAUAUUACUAUUGUUACUUAACUUUGCAGAGCAUUCAACUGAUUUAUUUUUUGGUAUUGUAGAGAACUUAAAAGGUAAGUUGAUCCAUCUGUGAAUUGACUGUGACAAAUGUUUCCUAACACUUGUACAGUUUUAAGACUGUGCCAACAUCACUAUAAGAGUUUAAUUAUGGUCAUCUGUAGGGAAUAUAUAUGUGUGGGUGAGGAAGAGUAUAGAAUGUAAACAGAGGUGCUAGCAACAUCCAAAUACUAUUACAUCUGUAGUAUUUCUGUAAAAUCUGUAAAUAUGCAUUUUGACUUCCCAACUUAGCCUGUAAUUAAGAUGUGCAAAGCUUCUGUCAUAGAACAUUCAGGUCUCAAAAUGAGCUGUUCUGAUUUGGGAACAAGUUAUUUGGACCAUUCCAGAAGUAGUCUGCUUCUGAACAGUUUGUUUCAGCUUCAGAACUGGCCAUUCUGAUCAUUCUUGGUUUUGACUGCAACAUGGAUGGUUCCAUCAGACUACUACUAGGGCACAUUCCAGGCUCAGAACGCUUGUUUCAAAUUCAGACCACUUCCAGAAAACUCAGAAACAGCCUGUUUGAAGUUCCAACUGCCUGCUUUGGGGACAGAAGAGUGCAGUCAGUCAUUGUUCCCUAAUACCUCCACACUCCACUCAAUUUGUUGGUCGGUCUACCUGUUUGAACCAGCUAGAUGUCAAUUAGUACCAUGACCAUUAUAGAACCCAUAAUAAGGUUUAUUUCAACUUCCAAGAUAGUUAUGUUUGCUAAUAAGUCCAUUGGGGAAUUAGUAAGUGGCAUGGCACCAUACUAUGUAUGUGUCAGAAUAAAAAGUAAGCAGUUUAUAGUAAAUUGUAUUAGGUUUGAAGAAAAGAAUAAAAACUACAAAAAACCCAAAAAAUUACAAAGAGAAAAAAACUAUAGUAUGAAAACACAAAAGAAUUGUUUUAAAAUUUACAGAAAGAUGUGGCUUCCGACUUUUAACAGCAAGGAUAUACAAAAAUUUCCACAAACGAUCUCUUACUCUGUGUUAAACCAAAACACAUUAUUUAUAAGUAAUUCCACUUUAACAUAGAAUAAAAAUCACUAAAUACAGUUACUCCUCCCCCUUAUAUUAAAAUAAAAAUUCAUAUAAACCUCCCAAACCUCUUUCUCCCCUCCAAAAGAUAAAACCUAUUUAAUUAUUCCCUUCCUACCACUAUUCUAUGCAUUUCUGUCUAAUAAGAAUCAAAUUAAAAAGCACAUAAAUUGUCUCCUAUUAUACUUAAUAAUACAACAAUUUUAAUCCAAUCUUAAUAAACCCAAAACACAAAAACAAUUCAAAAGAGUAAUUCCAUAUCUUUAAAAGGGAAUAACAUCAAUCAAAUCCUUAAAGCAAACCAGAUAAACAUUCUUUAACCCUAAUACAACAGUUUUAAUAAUCCCAACCUUGAUAAACCCAAAAAACAAAGCCAAUUCAAAGCAGUAAAUCUGAAUCUUUAAAGGCAUAUAUCAGUCAAAUCCUUGAAGCAAGCCAAAUGAACAUUCUUCAACCCAUAAUCCCACUUCAAAUAAACCAAAGCAGUAAACAUCCCCACAAUAUGCACAAAGCUUUCCUCUUGAAUCAGACAGCUUAACUGCUCCGCUCAAAGAUUCCAGGUUCUUUUCAUGGCAUUCCACCAGGAGAUCGAUUUUACUUAUGGCUUGCAGAUCACUCUCUUCCUUAGAUUUCUCCAACUCCGUUAUCCAGUCUUCAUCCAGCAUCUCCAUAAAAAUCCCAAUCUCAGUCUUAAAAGUUUCUAUCACUCUUAAAUUCCUCAAUUUCAUCUACCACACACCCAACUGAUGGCACAUGUUAGAUUUCAUAUUUUCCACAAUAUCCUGGCUAUCUUGCAUAAAAGCUCAGUAGAAGUCGGAAGAAAUCUGUUUAAAAUCCUGGUGAAAAUCAGAAAGAAUCUGUUUGAAAUGCUCCAUGUCUCACGCAGUAGAUUAUGGUGCUCCCAGGAGCUUAACCAGCAAAAGUUGAAGAUA